AAGAAGAGUACAUAAGUUGAUGAUUGCAGACCGUAGAAUGCCUACUCAUCAUUGCAGUAUCAAGCAGACCAGGCCUCCAAACACAACCUUCAAACAACUCGUUCACAAGGAUCACCAUUUCAUUCCACUUAUACCCAACAUUUCAAACCACGACUCAAGUCAAAUCCUACAACUACAACAUACAAAAAUGGCACCCUCAAAGGAUCAGCUCAUGGAGACGGCAGCCCAGGCCCAACUCGACAUGAACACAUACCAAUCCAAAACGGGCGCCGCCCGCCCCCAGGGCAACGACGACGCCGGCGUCUCCAACAUUCAGACGGAGAAUCGCUUCCCGGGCGCCACGGUGACCGUCCAGGGCGACCCGAUCAACAACGUCUCGUACAAGCCCGAGCAGCCGCCCAAGAACCCGGCCGACAACGACGACGACGUCGUUCCCGCCAAGAAGAUCUCUUCGCUCGGCACACAGGACCAGAAGGACGAUAUCCUGCUGCAGGGCGAGGGUGCCGUGCGGAAUAAUGUGGGCACCAAGGCGCCUGGUGUUGGCGGGGAGAAGUUCCGCGGUUCGGAUUACUAUGUUCCUGAGAGCGUGCCGGAUAGCAUCUCGGCGGAGGGGAACAUUGCGCCUGAGAGCGUGACGCAGGCUUCUGCUGAGGCCGAGAACCCUCGGUAAAGGGUGAGGAUUCGGGAGUCUGAUAGGGAUUACUUUGGUUAUGUUAUGGAUUCUGGAAGGAUACCAAGCAUUGUAUGGUUAUUAUGAUCAUG